CAGAUUAGAAAAAUGUAUAAAAAUAACUGUCAAUAAUCCAGUUCGUAGAAAGAAAUAUGAUAGUUUACGGCAAUUAUUGUUAAAUAGAUUUAAUGAAUAAAAUAAUUAAUUCAAGAUUUUUUAUCAUAAUGGUUCUAAAGUCAAGGGACAAUCGCAGCCUUUCGUAGAGUAUUACAUUUAUUUUUUUACAAAAAUGGAAGAGACCGAAAAAUUACAGCGUGGCACGAAAUUCAAAACUUUGAAAGAAAAAAUAUCUCCAACCACACUAAAGGCUAUAAAAGAUAUGGGAUUUAAAUAUAUGACGGAUAUUCAGUCGGUAGUUUUACCUAAGGCUUUGGACGGAACUGAUUUAGUAGCUACUGCGAAAACUGGCUCGGGAAAAACUUUAGCGUUUUUGAUUCCUGUGAUUGAGGUUGUUCUUCAUUGUUUACUGGACCAAGAAAAACAAGGCACUUAUUGCAUUAUAAUAUCUCCCACAAGAGAAUUAGCUAUGCAGUCCUACACAGUAUUACAAGACCUUAUGGUUUAUCAUGGAACAAUCACAUCAGCUUUGGUCAUUGGUGGAGAGAGCAGAAAGAAACAGAGUGCAGUGCUUUCACAAGGAGUUCAUAUUGUGGUUGCUACUCCAGGAAGAUUAUUUGACCAUAUGCGAACAAAAGAGUUUAAUUACGAACUAGUUAAAUGCUUGGUAUUAGAUGAGGCUGACAAAAUAUUCCAAUAUGGUUUCGAAGAGGAUCUUAAACAAAUAAUUAAUAGAUUACCAAAGGGCAGGCAGACAAUGUUAUUUAGUGCAACACAUUCAGAGACAACUGAUGCCUUAGUCGAGACUGCAAUGAAAGAAGAUGUUCAAACAAUAAACACUGAUGAAGAUAAUUUAAAAGCUACUGUAGAUGGAUUAAAACAAGGAUAUGUAAUAUGCGAAACGGAAUAUAGAAUGUGGUGGUUACACAAAUUGUUGAAAAAAACAAAAAAUCAAAAAGUUAUGGUGUUCUUCUCUAGCUGUAAGUCUGCUGAAUUUCAUCACGAUUUUUUUGCAAACUGUUGUAAUUUGGCGGUUCUGUGCAUUCAUGGCAAAAUGAGUCAAGUUGAUAGAACCACAACAAUAUCAAACUUUUACAACGCAGAGAAGAUCACGCUUUUUACUACUGACUUGGCUGCUAGGGGAUUAGAUAUACCAGCCGUAGAUUGGAUAGUCCAGUUUGAUCCACCAUCGGAUACAAAUGAAUAUAUUCAUAGAGUUGGUCGUACUGCAAGAGGAAUGGGUGCAUCUGGUAAUGCUGUGUUAUUGCUAAGGCCAGAGGAAAAAGAAUUUAUCAGCCAUCUGCAAGAUGCAAAAGUUUUUUUAGACAAAUAUGAAUCUUGGGAUAAUUAUUAUAAUUUACAACCUAAGUUAGACGCAGCGUUGGUUAAUGAAAAAUUCCACCAAUUAGCAGUUGAAGCCUUCGAAGGGUACAUUCGAGCACUAGAAGUAAAGAAAUACAAACAUAUUUUCAAUGUAUUGACUAUAGACAUGAAUGCUGUUGCGAAAUCUUUUGGAUUAAAAGAGAAACCACCAGACAUAGAUAUUCGUGUUGGAUUCAGUAAAAAACACAGACCACGAAAAAGGAUGGCAGCUUUACUUGCUGCAAAAAGUACAGCUGCACCCAAAUGCAUUAAGAGAUAACUUUCAAUAUAUGUAAAUGUAUAUAUAAUAAAUUAUUAAAAUUAAUUACUGAUUUUCAUAUAAAUUAUCAGUUCCUGCAUAUAUAGUAGAUACUUAAGAUAAAACAAAUCCAUUGUCUGACUA